GAGCCUGCGAACCGAACCGAGAGAGGACAUUCUUCUUCCCGGAGAGGGUUUGGGGUUUCUCUUCGCCAGUUUGGUGGCUUUGAAGCGAGAACUCCCCCUCUGGAUCUCGAUUCGAGCUGAGGUGUGCGUGAAUCAGAAAUUGCUUUUAUCAAGAAGGAUGUAGAUGAACUCUAUACAUUAAAGAUAUACAUUUUAAAAAUGAUGAUAUACCAAAGUUUUUUCAUCUUCCAAGCAACAGAAUUCUGGCUUACAAAGUACUGAUUCCAUGGAUGGGUCAGUUACCUGGGUUAUGGAUGGAUCUGUAGAAAGCACUAUUGGCACAACUGGUUCACUUGGUUCAGGAGUAAAUGUCAACUCAGAGUUAGAUCCAAAAGUCGGGAUGAUUUUCCAUUCAGAAGAUCAAGCAUACAAUUUUUAUAAUUCGUAUGCUAAGAGAAAAGGUUUUAGUGUCCGAAAAGAUCAUCUUUCUCGAAGAAGUGAUGGCCGCAUACGUUAUAGACACUAUGUAUGUAGUAAUGAAGGUUCUCGUAAAGAACAUCCUGUGAGUAUGACUAAAAAAUCACGUCCAAUAGAGAGAACAAACUGUAUGGCUCGUAUUGAGUUUAAAGUUAACAAUGACAAUUUAUGGAUUGUUAAUAGAUUUAUUGAUGAACAUAACCAUCCACUCGCAACCCCAAGUAAUUCGCACAUGUUAAGGUCACACAGAAAGAAAUUGCCUGUUCAGCGUUCAAACAUUUCUAGGUCGGGAAUCUACUUUGGAGCAAAAUAUACUCAGAAUGAUAUUCAGGCAGAAGCAGAUUAUGGAGAAGAUGCAGGAUUGCUCUUGAAAAAUCAAAGCAAUUGUUUGACCACAAGACGGUUGAAAGAUCUUGAAACAGGAGACACACAGUUUCUUUUAGACUUUCUAAGAACUAAGCAAUCAGAAGAUCCAUCAUUUUUCUAUGCUAUACAACUUGAUGAAAAGGAGCGACUGACCAACUGCUUUUGGGCAGACAUGCAGUCAAUAGUAGAUUACACUUACUUUGGUGAUGCGAUCUCAUUUGACACAACUUAUCACAUUCGUGGUGAUGAUAUACCAUUUGCACCAUUUAUUGGCACAAACCAUCAUAAACAAAUUGUUAUCUUUGGGGCCGCAUUAUUAUUAGAUGAAACUUUAGAAUCGUUCGUUUGGCUGUUUAGAACUUUUUUAGUAGCAAUGUCUGGAAGACAGCCGAAAACAAUAUUCACUGAUAAUUGUGCUGCAAUUUCAGAGGCAAUUGCUACGGCUUUACCAGACACAUGUCAUCGGCUUUGUCUAUGGAAUUUGCUUCAAAGUGUGUCUACACAUCUUCCAUGUUUAGAUAUCAACUUCCAGCGGGAGUUUGAGAAUUUCAUCUAUGAUGUUGGUUCAGAAGAUGAUUUUCAUAAAGAAUGGGAUAGCUUGAUCUCGAGUUAUGGCCUUGCAAACGUCUCAUGGUUCAAAGAUCUGUACUCUGUUCGAGAAAAAUGGGGUUCGGUUUACCUCGGGAACUCAUUUUCUGCUACCAUGAUGACAAGACAAUGGACUGAGGACAUGACCAACCUCUUUGGAAAUCAUUUCGUUCGUAAGUUGUCUCUGACCAAAUUCAUUAUUCAGUACUUGAAGUCACUGAUUCAUCUACGGGAGAAGGAAAUUCUCGAAGAUUAUGAUUCAACACAAAGUAAGCCUGUUUUAUUUGUUGACAUUCCUAUGCUGAUUGAAGCAUCAGAAUCAUAUACAAGGACGAUAUAUGUGGAUUUUGAACAUGAAUAUAAAAGCCAACUUGCUUGUCUUUGUGAACCUGUUGGUGUAGAUGGAAUGCGAGUCACCUUCAGAGUUUAUAUUCCCCAAAAGCGGUGCAAUGGAUUAGUUGAAUUUAACCCAACUGAAACUAUUGUCACAUGCAGCUGUAGGAAGUUUGAAUCCAUGGGCAUCCUAUGCAUGCAUGCGCUGAAGGUUCUCAAUAAUAACAAUAUCCUUUCGCUCCCAUCCAAAUAUAUACUGAAGAGGUGGACUAGGUUUGCAAAGGAUGGUUCAGUAUCUAGCGGACAGCUAGCCACAGGGGGUUCUGGCAGUCAAGUAUCUCUGACAGUGCGAUACAGUCGUGUUUGCCGCAAAGCGCUUGCUGUCACACUGAGAAGUGCAGUUUCCAAGGAUGCCCUUGAUGUUCUUGAGCAUGGACUUGACAAGAUCAUAGCACAAAUGGAAAAUGUGUUGCAUAAUGCCACAUCAAGUAGACAAGCAGAAGACGUUCAUGUAGUUGAUGGCAUACCGCGAAAUACAUCAGGAACAACUGACAUUUGUUUCAGUGGAUUUGGUUUUAGUCCUAGAUGAGCUUAAUACGUCGGAGAGCUCUUCGUUUCGUUGUUACUAGGUUUCUAAUUUUCCUUCUGAAAUCUAUAUCAUAUGCAAGAUAUAUUGUUUUUUGUUGAGGAAUUAGGGAGCACAUUUUACUAGUCUGCUUUACAGAGGUCAUCGUCUUUUUUAAAGUCAGGAUAUUUCUGGUAGAAUUCACAUUCUAGAGGACAUGUGCUUAAGAAUUUUAGUUGUUUAUGUAAUUACAAAUGCUCAUACUUUUUGUGAUAUACAAAACAGCUUCAGGCUGUAUAUGUGAAUGCAACUGCUAAAAGUUUGCUUUGACAUUCCACUAUCAGCUGUUAUG